AUGGGGAGCGAGAACCACGGGGCAAUGGAAUCUGUGGCCGUCGUGGCGGUGCCGUUCCCGGCGCAGGGCCACCUGAACCAGCUGCUGCACCUGUCGCUGCAGCUCGCGUCGCGCGCGGUGGACGUGCACUACGCCGCGCCCGCGCAGCACGUCCGGCAGGCUCGCGCGCGCGUGCACGGCUGGGGCGAGGAGGCGCUCCGGUCGAUCAAGUUCCACCCCCUGGGCAUCUCCUCCUACGUCUCCCCGCCUCCGGACCCCACCGCCGACUCGCCAUUCCCCUCCCACCUCAUGCCCCUGUUCGAGACCUACACCGCCGAGGCGCGCGCUCCGCUCGCGGCGCUACUCCAGGAGCUCUGCGGUUCCCACCGCCGCGUCGUCGUCGUGCACGACCGCAUCAACGCCUACGCCGUCGAGGAGGCGGCGCGGCUGCCCAACUGCGAGGCGUUCGGGCUGCACUGCUUAGCCGUGUCCAUGCUUGUUGGGCAAAUCGACGCCCAGCUACUGCGUGAGAACGGCCUCGCUUUCAGCGGCGUCGAGAGCUAUGCGACAGAGGAGUUCAUGGACUACGUCAGGCGGGCCAGACCGCCGAAGCAGAUGUCGCCUGGCGCAGGCCUCCUGGCCAACACAUGCCGCGCGCUCGAGGGUGAGUUCGUCGACACCGUCGCCGGGCACCUGGCGGCCGACGGCAAGAAGAUCUUUGCCAUCGGACCAUUGAACCCGCUUUUCCCCGCGAGCGCGUCCAUGCCGGGCAAGCAGCGGCACGACUGCCUUGACUGGCUCGACAAGCAGCCCCCGGCGUCAGUGCUCUACGUGUCCUUCGGCACGACAUCGUCUCUGCGAGCGGAGCAGAUCGAAGAGCUCGCCGCAGCACUGCGCGGCAGCAAGCAACGGUUCAUCUGGGUGCUGCGCGACGCCGACCGCGGAGACAUCUUUGCGGAGGGCGCCGGCGUGAGCCGCCACGAGAAGCUGCUGUCAGAGUUCACCAAGGGUACUGAAGGGACGGGGCUGGUGAUCACCGGGUGGGCGCCGCAGCUGGAGAUCCUGGCACACAGCGCAACGGCGGCAUUCAUGAGUCACUGCGGCUGGAACUCCACCAUGGAGAGCCUGAGCCACGGGAAGCCGAUUCUGGCCUGGCCAAUGCACUGCGACCAGCCCUGGGACGCGGAGCUUGUCUGCAACUACCUCAAGGCCGGCGUCCUCGUGCGUCCCUGGGAGAAGCACGGCGAGGUGAUUGCGGCCAAGGCCAUUCAGGAUGUCAUCGAGGAGUUCAUGCUCUCUGAAAGAGGAAUGGCUGUGCGGCAGCGGGCUACGGCGCUCGGGAACAGCGUCCGCGCCUCCGUCGCUGAUGGCGGUUCGUCUCGCAAAGACCUGGAUGACUUCAUGGCUUACAUCACAAGGUGAUCGACUGAAUGCCAUGUGAGAAGGUGCCUUUUCAUAUCGACACAGUACGUCAUGUUUGAUUUUAAACUAGAAAUUCCGCUGCUGUGCAUCUCAGUCUGAAAUCUUAGUUAUACGCAGCAAAAGAUCCGUAAUAAUUCAUGUAGGUCAACACCAGACAUCUGAAAUAUUUUUACUCACCGAAA